AUGGCUGCAACAGUCGACUCAACGCGGCCCGCCUCGCAGGUUGACAGCUUGGCUUCCGCAUCUCUGCCGGUCCGGGCAGUCCUCCGCACGCCGGAGCUGUUAGAGCUCGUUCUUCUGCCCAUAAGCCAACGCGCCCUCCUGACUUCGGUCCAACGAGUCAACCAUUGGUUCCACGAUGUUAUAUCCGCAUCUCCACGCCUACAGACAUAUCUCUUCUUUCGUCCGCGUCAACCCAUUCAUUGGGACACUGUUGAGAUCAACCAUUUGGUCGCCGACCUCCUGCCCGAGAGCUUCAACCCUAGCGCCUUGCUCAUGAGGAGCCGUCGCUUUUGUUGGGUUCCCAAUGCUCCCAGGGAGCUCCAUAUUUUGCAGUGCCAGUGCGUGACACACCUCGAAACAAAUAGCUGUCCUUCCGGGGAGGAGACCGAGGAAGAGGCUGGCCAGUGUGACCCAGACAGUUCCUGGUGUCGGCCAGAAGCGAGCUGGCGGAAAAUGCUUGUCCUCCAGCCCACCAAGAGCGCGAAAGGAGAGUUGCCUCCCCGUCGUUAUCGCAUCAGCGUUGAACCCCUGCCCCCGAACGCCUUUCUAUUUGGGCAUCAGAGUCUCGUGAUGGGCCAGCUUCUGUCGCAGGCUCGACAGAAGAGUAACGAGGAUAUCUAUGUCGUCUUGGUCCUAUUAUGUAAUGGAGCUGGAAAAACAACACCGCUCCACAUCUUUUUGACGAAGCGCACGAUUCGAGGGGGCAGUGAUGUGAUAUACCUCGUGGCAAAUUUCCCACGCGCCAAAUCGCAUGAAAUUGGUACUGAAACAACAAGCAUCGAGAUUUGA